UUUAGUUGGGACCACAUGACUGUGACCUCACCUCUCCACACACUCUUGGUUUUGGAGCCAGUUGUUGUCAGAGGCUAGCGCCAACCUAAAAAAAUAAUCAUGAGCACCCACGAGUCAGACGUGCACACCCUCUCUCAAGAGCUGCCGGCCAUGUUCGAUGGCAUGAAGCUGGCGGCGGUGGCCACGGUGCUCUACGUCAUCGUCCGCUGCUUGAAUCUGAAGAGCCCCACUGCGCCGCCGGACCUCACCUAUCAGGACACCCCCCUGAACCGCUUCCUGCUGAAGUCCUGUCCUCAGCUGACAAAAGAGUACAUUCCUCCCUUACUGUGGGGGAAGAGCGGCCACCUCCAGACAGCGCUGUAUGGCAAACUCGGACGAGUGAGCUCCCCCAACCCCAGCGGCAUCAGGAAAUAUUUACCCAUGCAUGAUGGGGCCACCGCGACAUUUGACCUCUUUGAGCCUCUGAAGGACCAUCCAACUGGAGAAGACAUCACCAUGGUGAUAUGCCCGGGGAUUGGGAAUCACAGUGAAAAGCACUACGUCCGGACCUUCGUGGAUUACGCACAGAAGGACGGUUACCGCUGCGCUGUGCUGAACCACCUGGGAGCGCUUCCGAACAUCGAGCUCACUUCUCCGCGAAUGUUCACUUACGGCUGUACGUGGGAAUUCGCAGCCAUGGUCGGCUACAUCAAGCGGGCGUACCCUGACACGCAGCUCAUCGUGGUGGGUUUCAGUCUGGGCGGAAACAUCGUGUGCAAGUUCCUGGGAGAAAACAGGACAAACCAGGAGCGGGUGCUGUGUUGUGUCAGCGUCUGCCAGGGCUACAGCGCUCUCAGGGCUCAGGAAACAUUCCUACAGUGGGAUCAGUUCAGGCGCUUCUAUAACUUUCUCAUGGCCGACAACAUGAAGAAAAUCAUUCUGUCACACAGGCACAGUCUGUUUGGGGGGAGCUCACUGAAAAAGAUUGACAUGGAGCCGAGUCGACUGUACACAGCGACGUCUCUCAUGCAGAUUGACGACAACAUCAUGAGAAAAUUCCACGGCCACAGCUCUCUGAAGGAGUACUACGAGAAGGAGAGUUGUGUCCAUUAUAUCCACAAUGUAAACGUGCCACUGCUGCUCGUGAACUCCGGAGAUGAUCCCCUGGUUCACGACUCACUGCUCACCAUCCCUCGCACUUUAGCAGCUAAGAAGUCGAACGUGGUCUUCGCGCUGACGCUUCACGGAGGCCACCUGGGCUUCUUCGAGGGCGCGGUCCUCUUCCCUCAGCCUCUCACGUGGAUGGACAAAGUGAUCGUGGGUUACGCCAAUGCCAUGUGCCAGUGGGAGAAACAGAAACCCAUGUGUCAAAGUGGUGAAAGCUCCUGCGAAGAAGAGAAGCCUAAACACCCCCCCCCAUCUUGUCCCCCGCCCCGUGCCGCACUGAGGAGACACCUUAAACUGCGCUCUCUUCGCUGCCUUCUCCUCCGGUGCCGCCCACCACUCCUGACCUCCCGACCUUCAGCUCCGCCCCGGCUCCUCUGUGUGAACACCGUCACCUUACAGUAUGUCAAUCAACUCUAAUUACUGCCUUUGUGCUCUUUUCCGUUGCGAGGACCCAGACCAGGAACCGUUCUUUUUUGUUUUUAAUGAAUUUCCACGACGGCACUUGGCUAUCAGAGGCAACGACCAAAUAGAAGAAGAGAUCGAGUCGAGCUGGUUUUCAAUGUGAGCGCACCACUUUAGAGUAGUCCAGUGAGAAACAAGAGCACAAAAUGAAGCCUCCUCUUCCUCUGAACCAGAGCUGCGCUGCAGUCGGUGUGUAGUUUCCUGCACCUGUAAGAAGCUCACUGCUUAUCACCGCCAAGGCCGUGUAGCCUAGACUGCUGUAUAACCCACACAGUGUCUUCGUAGUGUGAAUGUUGGUGUGUUUGUGUGUGUGUGUGUGUGUGGACCGAGAAUUGAGCCGUCAUGGAGCGUGUGGUCUUUGUUUGAUCCAAACUCUUUGUUCAUAGUGUGUCUGCCCUCUUAAUGUCUGGGUUUUUUUUUUUUUAAAGGGUCUGUCGUGUGUAGAAAAUGUACAGUAGACAAUUAAGUGUUACAGUGGGAUUUUGCGCGUUAUUUCCAGCUGAAAGCGUCCCUCCGGCGCUUAUGUUUGGCACUUGAAGUGCUCAGUGCAUACCAGACAUGACCAGGGAUCAACCCCACAUGGGCUCCGUGACAUUCCCACGGUCCUCAUUCUGUCACUUUGAUUCGAUGCACUUUACACCAUGUAUGCCACAAACUUUCUCUCUUUUUUUUUUUUUUUUUUUUCUCUCUCCGCAUUAGUCACUGUGCCGAUAACGAGUUUAUUUCCAGUUAGGCUCUUGUGACAGACACGAAAAACUGAAGGGAGCAGGGAUGAUAACCACAAGGUAGAUGAAUCAAAUGUUCCCCGUGUGUGUGUGUGUGUCUGUGUGUUUGCGUGUGUGUCUGAGCCCUCUUACCUCCUCGUUCUGCCAUUGAUCAGCUGCAGGUCUGGUCAAGAUCAACUCGCCACAGACGUCU